AGCGGCGUUCAAAGGGGAGCCUCGACGCAGGCUGGCAGAAUUGGGUGUGGAUUCGAGAGCAAGAAAAAAUAAUUUAAAAAAUCAUUCGUAAAAUUGGUUAGUUUCCAAUCCGUUUAAAGAACGCCCAGUCUUCUUGACACAGACCGAAUUAAACUCCCGAAGAGUAAGCGCCUCUUUUCAACCUUCGUAGUUCUCCUGUCGUGUUCUCUCGCCUCCCAAGAUGUUUCUUGCAAAAAAAUUGAUCGGUGGCAUACUUGAUGUCGUCGGAAAUGUCGAUAUGAACCAGUUUCUCCCCUCAGAUCCUCCCCCCCCGAGGCGCCCCGUCCAGUACGCUGAGCAACACGAGAGCGAGGAGGAGAGGCAGUUCAGAAAAGUUUUCCAGCAGCUUGCCGGAGACGACAUGGAGGUGAGCCCAUCGGAGCUGAUGAAUAUUCUCAACAAAAUCGUUUGCAGACACGGCGACCUCAAAACCGACGGAUUCAGCAUGGAGUCCUGCAGAAGCAUGGUGGCGGUCAUGGAUAGCGACAGCACAGGCAAGCUGGGCUUCCAUGAGUUCAAAUACCUCUGGAACAGCAUCAAGAAAUGGCAGGGGGUGUAUAAGCAGUAUGAUGCUGAUCGUUCAGGUACAAUCGGGGCUUCGGAGUUACCAGGUGCUUUCCAAGCUGCAGGGUUCCCUCUGAAUGACCAGCUUUACCAGAUGAUUAUUCGUCGCUAUAGCGAUGAGGAUGGCAACAUGGACUUUGACAACUACAUUGGCUGCCUGGUUCGCCUGGAUGCCAUGUGCCGUGCCUUCCAAACCCUGGACAAAGAUAAGAAUGGAACCAUUAAAGUGGAUAUUAAGGAGUGGCUGCAGUUGACCAUGUACUCUUAAAGAUCCUGAUGGGUGCCAGCAUGAAGAAGACUACAACUCUGUUCCGUCUCCCGAUACCUCUGCAGAGAACGUUCGUGUUCAGAUACUCCCUUAACACUAGCAAUGCCUCCCGCACAACACACAGCAAGACGCCUUCUGCUUCUAGAACUCUUCUCGACUGGGCUAAUUCGUUUGUUGGGGGGGGGGUAGUUUUGUAAUAUCCUUCAGCAAAAUAUUAAUUUGUAGUUUUGUUUUUUAAAGCGGUUCUUUUUUGACAUUUAUAUAAUUUGUUGCUUGCUUUUUAAACCAUAAUACCAUCUUCUCAAUUUGAAGUUACUAUGCAGCCUUAUCCUGUACUGUACUGUGCUUAAAAUCUAAUUAUUGGUAAGACACGUUUAAUUCUUGUACCUUGGUUUAUUUUUGUUUUGUUUUUUUUCUUAAGCAGUACGUGCAGAUUCCACCAGGUGGCAGCCUUAAAUCUGGAAAGACUCAAUUGAAAGACCCAGCUUUAUUUAAUGUUAAAACUUCAAUGUUCGCCUUGCAACAUUGUUUGUGUCUGUGAAUACAACAGCAGCUAAAUAUUGAAAACCAUUUAUGUUUUGUUUUUUAGGGAAACUGACAUUUUAAAACAUCACCAAGUAUUUUUUUUUUCUUUCUCUUUGAUCACCAAAGGAUGAAGCACACAAUGUUUGUACGUUACUUCUGAAAGGGUUCUGAUGUCUUGAUGAAUGGUGAUUCGUUUGUCUGUUACAAUAACCAUUGGAAAUAAAAUACUAGAUGUUUGUCACGCACGCAUGCAUGCAGAUAUGUAUCAAAUUAUCCAUUGAAAAGUCUUCUUUCAAUUUCUAUUAUGCAAAAAUUAAAACCCCUUUUACAAUUA